AUCGUUUUUUUUGCCGGGGUGGUGGUGGGAUUGGGAUAGAGUUCGGGCCACUGCCUGUGAAAACUGUGAAUCGCGUCGCGUUGCACACGGCCAAAACGAUAGCGCGCGCACGCACGCACGCAUCCGUGCCGCACGCCGCGCGCCGCCUACGUCUCGUCCCACGCGGUUCCCGACCGGACCCCACACCACACCUGCCACCAACGCAUCUCCGCCUUAUUUGAGGCGCGCGCACGGGGCGCCCAAGCCAUCCAGCCUGCGUGCGACCUACCAACGCGCGCACUCCUCGAUCCCAUCAUCGGAAGGCGGCGAGGCGCGCGGUGGAGGAUUGAUCUGCGGGAGGGAUUGAUGGCGGAGGCGGAGGCGGAGGCGGCGGGGGCGGGGGCGGGGGCGGGGCCGGCGAGGAGGACGACGAGGGUGGGGCGCUACGAGCUCGGCAAGACGAUCGGGGAGGGGAGCUUCGCCAAGGUCAAGGUCGCCCGCGACACGCGCACCGGCGACACCCUCGCCAUCAAGGUGCUCGACCGCAACCAUGUGCUUCGCCACAAGAUGGUCGAGCAGAUCAAACGGGAGAUUUCCACAAUGAAGCUAAUAAAACAUCCAAAUGUGGUCCAGUUGCAUGAGGUCAUGGCUAGCAAAUCAAAGAUAUACAUGGUUCUUGAAUAUGUUGAUGGAGGCGAGCUUUUUGAUAAGAUUGUCAAUUCUGGGAGACUAGGAGAAGAUGAAGCAAGAAGAUACUUCCAUCAACUUAUAAAUGCAGUAGAUUAUUGCCACAGCAGAGGAGUGUACCAUAGAGAUCUGAAGCCAGAGAAUCUGCUUCUUGAUUCACAUGGAGCUCUUAAAGUUUCAGAUUUUGGCCUUAGUGCGUUUGCUCCACAAACAAAAGAGGAUGGACUUCUGCAUACUGCUUGCGGAACACCAAAUUAUGUUGCACCUGAGGUGCUUGCUGAUAAAGGUUAUGAUGGUAUGGCUGCUGAUGUAUGGUCCUGCGGCAUAAUCUUAUUUGUCCUCAUGGCUGGAUAUUUACCUUUCGAUGACCCCAACCUAAUGACCCUUUACAAACUGAUCUGCAAGGCAAAAGUUUCUUGUCCACAUUGGUUUUCUUCAGGUGCGAAGAAGUUCAUUAAGCGCAUACUUGAUCCUAAUCCCUGCACAAGAAUAACAAUUGCACAAAUUUUGGAAGAUGAUUGGUUCAAAAAGGAUUACAAACCACCACUUUUUGAGCAAGGUGAAGAUGUGAGCCUUGAUGAUGUUGAUGCUGCAUUCGAUUGUUCAGAGGAGAAUCUCGUGGCAGAGAAGAGAGAAAAGCCUGAAUCCAUGAAUGCAUUUGCUCUAAUUUCAAGGUCACAGGGAUUCAACCUUGGAAAUUUAUUUGAGAAGGAAAUGAUGGGAAUGGUGAAGCGGGAAACUUCCUUCACAUCUCAAUGUACACCACAGGAGAUCAUGUCUAAAAUAGAGGAAGCUUGUGGACCUCUUGGUUUCAAUGUGCGGAAACAAAAUUAUAAGAUGAAGUUAAAAGGUGAUAAGACUGGAAGAAAAGGCUAUUUAUCUGUAGCAACGGAGGUUUUCGAGGUUGCUCCAUCACUCCACAUGGUUGAGCUUCGUAAAACUGGAGGGGACACGCUGGAGUUUCACAAUUUCUACAACAAUUUCUCGUCAGAGUUAAAAGACAUAGUGUGGAAAUCUGAAUCUGACGCAAAAGCAGCAAAGAAGAGGUGAUCUUUAGUAUUCCAACUAUCCAAUGCUCCUGGAUGUAGUUCCCCCUUUGUAGCGUUUGCACCAUUUCUCCAGGUGAUACCAAAGGAUAUCGUCCUCCUGGUCUUGUGCACAUUGAUGAAUUUUCUGUGGGGUCACAUCUUGUUGUGCCAAUCCUUGCAAAAGGGAGCGCUUUUUUUUUUCUUUUUACCCUUAGCGCAACUGUAGACAUGCUCACAUGCAUGUAUAAGGCCCUCCCGGAGAUGCACCUUGUAUUUGCAGUUGGGAUGUCAAAUAGGUGUCCUACAUGCUUUGGUGACCAGUAGGGUUGUGUGCCUUUUCUUUUAGUGCUGAAAAGUAUAUAAUAAGAUCAAAAUGUGAAAUUGGGAGGCUAUGUAACACUAAGCUGUGCUCUGUUCUUGAGAAACCUAGCAGCAGAAUGGCAGUGUAACUUUGUUAGUUCUUUCUUUUGUGAAACUGUAAUGGCUUCACACCUGAGCUAUGGGUGUAUGUAUUCAAUCAUGAUGCAAUCUGAUUGGCCGGAUAAAAGAAA